AUGGAAUUUUCUCCGGAGCACCACCAACGCCCAUUCAUCAUCCCCUGCCUGCUGCUUUGUUCUAUCCUCCGUCCGUCCACCCGGCGGCAGUCCAGCCCCGUAUUCCCACCCGGCGGCGGUCGUCGGAGCUGCGAAAGCCCGGCAGCAGGCAUGGAGGCUGCCUUGGCGAGCGCUCUGGCCAAGGAGGUGCUAGUGAAGCUGGCCUCGCUGCUGAGCGAGAAGCACAAGCUGACAAAGCGCCUCAAGGAUGACAUCUACUCCAUCCACACCGAGCUAAAGAUGAUCUUGAGCGACAUGGACGAGCACCUGGGGGAUCCGAGGCCCUCGGGCCCGCGGGUCGUCUCCAUGGAGGAGAUGCGCGAUCUGGCGCACGACAUCGAGGAUUGUAUAGAUCGGUUCCUGCCCUGCGCCGCCUGCGAGGCGGAAGCAGCAGCAUCGUUCCUCCACCGAUUCAAGAAGGCGCUCUCCAGUAACGGAUCCCGUUUCGCCAAGGAGAUCCGGGCGCUCAGGGACAGGGUCAAAGUCGCGCACGAGCGAAGGGCCAACUACGGCCUCAACGGCGGGGGAUCCUCCGCCGGAGCCGGAGCCGGAGUAGCCGCUCCUCCCGCGACCGAAACUCACCCUGUGGGCAUCGACAAGCCCAAGCAGGAGCUCGUCGACCUGCUGCUGGGCAGCAAGCCAAGGAAUCUGAGUGUGAUAUCCAUCGUGGGGUUCGGCGGCUCGGGGAAGACGACGCUCACCAGGGCAGUGUAUGAUUGCCCGGCUGUCGCCUUGGAAUUCCCUGCCCGUGCCUGGGCCAAGGGGUCGGACCACACGGACGCCCCUGGGCUCGUGAAUUUCAUAUGUUCGGAGCUCCCCACCGCCAACAAUCACAGCAAUGAUGUUCUGCCGACUACAAAGUGCUUAAUUGUAAUCGAUGACAUCAACCAGCAACACUGGGAUCACGUAAAAGCUUCUUUCCAUGGGAAAAUAGAAGGGAUAAUCAUUGUAACCACGGCUUUUCACUCGGUAGCUAACGCCUGCAGAUCAGGUGAUGGCUAUAUUUAUAAGAUGAGUGUUCUUGAUGCAGAAGUCUCUAAAGUUUUGCUAAUGAAGAGGUUUUCCAUUCACGAAUUUUCACCUGACAUGGAGCUGGGUGCAACAGCAAUUGUGGACAAGUGUGAUGGCCUUCCUCUUGGUCUUGUCAGCGUGGCCCAAUUUUUGCUAGGCGAGGAAAUGCUCACUGGAAGUCGUUGUGAAGAAGUUUGCCGUAUUCUCGGGCAUCAUAUGGAGGUGAAUGCAGAAUUCAAAAAACUGCAGCAGGUUCUUGUACAUAACUACAUAAGCCUGUCUGACUAUCCUCUCAAGACCUCCUUGCUAUACACAAGUUUGUUUCCAAAUGAUCGGCCGAUCAAGAAGAAUACAUUAAUCAGACGAUGGAUAGCAGAAGGGUAUGUACAGUGUGGGUACAAACGCAGUGACCUGGAGGUAGCAGAUGACAACUUCCGGAAACUUGUUGACCGGAAUAUCAUUCGGCCGAUCGAUGCUAGCAACAACACAAAAGUGAAGACGUGCAAAACUCAUGGUGUCAUGCACGAGUUCUUGUUGCACAAGUCCAUGUCUGAUAACUUCAUCUCAUCUCUUCAUGAUCAAAAUCGAAGUAAAUGCCGUCACCUGUUCAUCCAGAACCCUACAAGUGGCAGCACCUUGGGCCCAGCAAGCAACAGCGUAUGUGGCAGUGGCAGUGAAAAACUCCGUGCCCGGUCUCUCACAAUCUUUGGGAAUGCAGGAGAUGCUUCUUCUGAGUUAUGUAGGUGCGAGCUGCUGCGAGUGCUGGAUCUGGAAGCAUGCAGCGAUUUGGCGGACGGCCAUCUCAAAGACAUCCAUAAGCUGUGGCAUCUAAAAUAUUUGAGCCUUGGUGGCACAGUCAGAAACCUUCCAAAGAAUAUUGACAAGUUACACUGCUUGGAGACACUGGACCUGAGGAAGUCAAAGAUAGAGAUAUUGCCAGUGGAAGUCAUCGGGUUGCCUCACCUAGCUCACCUGUUUGGAAAGUUAAAGCUUGGGAAAAAGGACUUGAAAGUGGAUGAACUAAAGAAGUUUCUACCGAAAAAAUGUAAUUUGAAGACUCUUGCAGGAUUUAUUGCAGAUGAAAGCCCUGGAUUUCUACAACUGAUGGCUCAUAUGAAAGAAUUGAAAAAGGUUAAGAUAUGGUGUGAAUCCACUGGUACAAACAAUCACAUUGCAGAGGCAGUUGAGAAGUUUGCUCAGCGUGGUAUGGACACGGCAGAUGUUCGUUCUCUGUCACUUGAUUUUGGAAAUUCCUUGGGGGACUUCCUGGAUUCUAUAGAGAAAUUGUGCUAUCUUAGCUCACUGAAACUGCGUGGCGGACUGAGUCUACUGCCUCACUUUGUUACCUCCCUGUGUGGCCUCAAGGAAUUGUGCCUUUCAUCAACUAAUCUUGCAGGGGAGCAUCUAUCAAACCUGUGUCAGAUGAGUGGUUUGCUUUAUCUCAAACUGGUUGAAGCUGACCUUAGCGGCUUCACCAUAAAAGACAAGGAUUUCCCAAGCCUGCUCUGCUUAUGCCUUAUUGUGCAAACACCCGCCCUGCCUAAAAUCAGAGAAGGAGCUCUGCCACGUCUUGUCUCACUUCAGCUGCUCUGUAAAGAUCUUGUUGAUCUUUCAGGCAUCGAGAUCAAACACCAUCACUACCUGCAGGAAGUUGUUCUUGAUUCUGUGGUCAGCACAAAAACAGUUGAAAUGUGGGAAACUGCAGCGAGAAAUCAUCCUAAGAGACCAAAAGUUAUGUUCCUCAGAAGGAUUGACCCAAGCGAAACUGAGUCUAAUGUGAAAUAUGUGGCGACAGACGGACCGAUACACGAGAAGGCACCAUCUGUUGAACUCAUUCAAGUUCAAUCAGCGUAG